UGACUUUGACUUGACUUCGCGCCUUGACAACCAGCACCACAGCAACAACCGGCCAGCUCUCUCUGUCUCCCUUGAUCCUUGCUGUCGCUUCAGCCAAGGCAACUGAGCCGUUCGAGAUGAACGAAGGCGCUUUGGACCCUGCACUUGCCUCAACAAGUGAUCAAACAGUUGAGCGCGCCUCGACCUCCACGCCAGCGGUCGAUGACCACAUCCAAGAUGACACAGCGGAGUAUGUCGAAGUCCAAAAGAUUGCCAGUAGCUUUGAUCAGAUCCAUAUGGACACGUUGGCAAAAGAUAUACGAACACGAGAGCGCGGACCCCAUGCAGAGAGGUAUCGUGCUGCAUAUGCACACAAGUGGCUCACGACUGCAACCAUUCCCAGAUGUUGCGGUUCCCCGGAAUAAGAUCUACGCUGCCUAUACCGAGUUCUGUACCACCAGAAGGCUCAAGCCCUUGACGUCGGCCAAUUUUGGGCGCAUCAUGCAACACAUCUAUCCUGAGGUCAAGACACGACGUCUUGGUGUACGUGGGGAGUCUCGAUACCAUUACUGUGGACUACGCCUCGUUGGUGAUACAUCAGAGGAGCGCACGACCAACCCAGUCUCCUUUCGCAAGAACAAACAGCAGCAACGGCAUAAAACGCCUGCUCAGCGUGAUCCAUUUCGCUUUGGUCCCACAUCCGGCAAUUUGAUGAGCUCACUUGAGCGCGAAAUGGGCUUGAGUAGUGAGAACGACCAGCCUCGAGAUGUGCCAGGCUCUGUGGAUUUCUCUGGCUUGCAACGGCCAACGACGCGUCUUGUCUACCCAACACCUGAGUUGGCACAAGAGCUUGAUGAACAUCCACCAUUUGAAUUACCACAAAUCUACGAUUACUUGCCCGAUGAUGCUGAUGCCGAUGUGCAAGAAGCUCUGGUGACGAGCUAUGCUGUUCACUGCAUUGAUCUAAUUGAAGCGAUUGCUUCCAUGAAGAUUCGACAUUUCAUCUCUUUGACAACUACCUUUUACCAAUCACUCACUGAAGAUGUUCAGGCGCUGUUAUCAACAGCAAGCCUGGCUACCUGGGUACAAAAAGCAGAUCUACAAUGCUACCAGCACAUGACGCGCAUCCUGUCGCCUCUCACAACACAGGUCAUUCCACCGGAGAUCUUUCUCCUCUUGCGCAAUCUCGCCGCUACAUUGUUGCCAAAUAUUCACAGAGCUCUGGCAAAUCAUGCGCCUCACCUACUACAAGCAAAACUUGUGCCAGCGGGUCAAUUUUCAUCACUGCUAACGCGACUAUUGCGUGUCAAUGAGACGGCCCAUGCAGCAGCUCGUUUCCUGACAAGUCAAGCAGAUCGCGAGUUGAUGCGUAUGGAUUGGAUACGGCACGUCGACCCGAAGGCUAUUGCCAACAGAGAGUUGUCGUGUGGCGAGGAUGAGGUUGUCAAGAUUCUGAAUGAAGUGCUCGUUCUGCUAGGACCUAAUCCGCGACCCGGUGAGCAGGGGCUUUUGUCGCCCACACCACACAGCGAUGGCAGAAACAACCACCAUGCGCAAGAAUAUCAACCAGUACUUGAACUUUGGCAACGCUUCCUAUCUGCGUUGCCAUUACGCUUCCCGACCAUUGAGCCGCGCCUUUUCUUACUCUGCAUGGGAUCAGUUGAAUCUGCCGUGUUGCGCGAAGUGACAGUCAGCGGUGGCGAAGGAUUUGGAGCGCUUUGGGUAGUGACAUGCUGGGUGGAUGAGAUGAUGCGCUUCCUGUGCGAGCGCGGAGGAUUCCUGCUCGAGCAGAUUUACGACAAUUUCGAUGAUGACGAGGAUCUCGAUAUGGAGGACUUCUUGUUUGGCAAUGACGGACUUGUUGGAUCGGCUGCAAUGGCGGAUGCGUCUUUUUCGCUAGAAGAGCCCAAUACAACCUCGAGCUGGACGCAGUAGACUAGGUCAAUAGGACUAGACACCUUGGAUCUAUCCUUUGCCGCCCAUCUGAAUAGCCCCACCCCGCGAACGUUCUAGAAAUUG